UGAAAAGUAGUUAACUACAAAAACUGCUAAAUUGUGUUCGUCUCCGUGUUUAAGACCUAAAUAAUCAAAAUAUCUUUCGAAGAGGAUUAUAGGGCCGAUAGGCCUAUGGUGCAAAGAGGACAUUCACAUUCGUCAGAUGCUCCGUCGGCUGCAGGAACUGGCCGAGAACCAAGGUUUGGCCUUGGUCACUCUAGCUGUCAAAGCGGAUAUAAUAAGUUAUUUACGCAGAGCUCUGCUGAUUCUAACUAUUCGCAACCCUCAUCCGAUCUGUCGCUUGACGAUGAAAAGGAAACGCUUCGGCGAGAAAAGGAGCGGCACGCUUUAAAUCAGUUGGAAAAAGCGAGGGGAAAACCCGUAGCUUUUGCAGUCCGGACAAAUGUUGCUUAUGAUGCUACUCUUGAUGAUGAUUCACCUGUCCAGGGUAGCGCAGUGUCUUUUGAUAUAAGAGAGUAUCUUCAUAUCAAAGAAAAAUACGACAAUAAUUGGUGGAUUGGUAGACUGGUUAAAGAAGGUUGCGAUGUUGGGUUCAUACCGAGUCCAGUUAAGUUAGAACACAUUCGCUUACAGAAUCAGACGAGACCGUCCAGACUAUACGGUACUAAGGGUUCCUCUACAAGCAACUUAGGCUCAAACCAGGCGGAACCAACACGUGGUAGUACUCCACCUACACCUGGCGAUGAAUCCGAUACCUUAGGAGCAAGUCGUCAAGGAAAAACACCAGCUGCUAACUCAUUAAACAAAGACAAACGAAAACCUUUCUUCAAAAAGCAAGAAACUGCAUCACCGUACGAUGUGGUGCCAUCAAUGCGCCCUGUGGUUUUAGUUGGUCCAAGUCUUAAAGGAUAUGAAGUAACGGAUAUGAUGCAGAAAGCUCUUUUUGAUUUUUUAAAACAUCGCUUUGAAGGAAGAAUUAUAAUAACGAGGGUUAUGGCUGAUAUUUCUUUAGCUAAAAGAUCUAUUAUGAAUAAUCCCACGAAGCGCGCGAUAAUGGAGCGAUCGAGUAGUCGAUCAGAUUGCCUCACAAAAGUUCAAGAAGAAAUUGAACGUAUAUUUGAACUUGCCAGAACUCUGCAAUUAGUCGUGUUGGACUGCGACACUAUCAACCAUCCAUCACAACUUGCCAAGACCUCAUUGGCACCAACAAUAGUAUACUUGAAAAUAAGCAGCAGCAAGGUUCUUCAACGUUUAAUAAAAUCUCGAGGAAAAUCUCAAGCUAAGAAUCUUUCAGUUCAAAUGGUUGCCGCGGAAAAAUUAGCCCAAUGUCCAUCGGAAUUGUUUGAUGUUAUACUAGAUGAAAAUCAGUUAGAGGAUGCUUGUGAGCAUAUCGCUGAGUAUCUUGAGACAUACUGGAGAGCCACGCAUCCAGAUGUAAAUAUGAUUACAGCUGUACCAAAAUCAUUGAAUGCACAAAACACGUCACCAAUGGGAGAUCCAAAUAGAUUUAGUUCAACAUCAACAGGCAGAUAUACCCAUGUUCAAAGAUAUUUGAACAACGUCUGUUAAGGUGAAUGGUAAACGUACCGAACAACCUUUAGAGAGAGAGCAGAAAUUAGUCGAAUCUUCGACGGGAUCGACCACGGUACCAGUCAGAUCAUCCGGUA